CACGGAUUGCAUGGAUGAUGUGCAAGUGCCCCUUUCCCCUGACAUGUCCAAGGUGACUUACCUUUGCGCGGGUCGCUGUUGCUGUCGCAUGCCCACUCACUGCCCAAUUGCACAUGUUGCGACUGCCAUUGCAAGCCCUGGACUCCAGAGUUGCACGGUAGCUGUGCCGCAGGAAGAGACGCCGAACAAGCACCCAUCGACCGCACGUUGCGCGCCUUCAUUUCCUUCGCGACCCAAGCGCGACGCCAUUUCCGAGGAUCCUCGAUGAAAGCUACGUGAUCCCGCGACCAUGAGCGCUGAGGCUGUGCGCUCCGCCGAUAGUGACGCGACGGCAGAGCCCACCCUGCCCGCGUCCCAGCACCAAGUCGCGCCUCCGCUUCAGCAGCAGCGGGGAUGGCUCAGCAGCGUGCGGCGACCUAAGACGUCGCCGGCGCCCAAGGCUGCCAUUAAGCGCACGCUGUUGACCGAGGACGAUGCUCGACGCGACUCCGCCUUGGCGUCUUCUAAUUCAACAGCCAGCACCGACGCCGAUGCGGGUGCCGUCAACGCACCCUCGACACCCACCAGCCUGCGAAAGACGCCGAGUCUUCCCGCCAUCGUCGUCCAAGAUGAGCCUGCCGUGCCAUCGAGUAGCUCGUUACACCGCAUACCGAGCAGCGACGGGGACGCCGCCGCAGAUUUCCAGGCAAUAGACACCGUCAUCCCCACCGGCGGCUUCGACGACCUCACUUCGCCCACACAAAUUUCUUUUUCCAAGCGUGGAAGCAUGCUCCUCGGCGGAAAGCGCCCCAACAGAAUGAACAAGCAGCUCGGCCUUGUUGCAGAGGGCGCACCGGCCACUGAGCUGGAGACGCCGCAGGAGCCAAAGCAGCAGGUCCUCUCCACGCCCGCGACACCCUGCCACAUCCCUCAGACGCGCUCGCCGUCGCGUGUCUCGGCCAGGGGGAGAGUCGUCAGCAGCCGUGCGCUGUCCACUGAUGAAAUGAUGCUAUCUCGGAAGGUGCGAUCCAUGUACCAACACGGCAACGAAAGCGCGGCCAACUGGGACGAUGUAGAAGAAGAGACAGAAAGCAUGCGGAACAGUUAUGUGGACAAUAGCAGUGUCACCGGCACGCCAGCUAACAGCUCGUCGCUUGUCGCUGAAGGGAGCAGAGCCGAGUCGAGCUCUAUAAUGAGUUCAAGGAGAGAAAGCGUGCUCAUAGCAAAAGAACCAAAUGAGACUGCAGGUGGCAUCGAGGAUUGGUCUGAAUUGGACGGUGGCGAGGUUGAUCGAUAUGGAUUCAUCGUCCCGAAAAAGACGGCGUCGGGCGGUUCUGGAGGCGGUCCAGAUGAGCCUCGCAUCCAGCGAGUAUCAACAGCGCUCCAGCUGGUUUCCGAAGAACCUAGGAGAAAGGGCUUGGGGCGUAGUGUGUCGAAGGCUCGCUCCUCUCGUUCUGCUACUGUAGCAACGGGCACACCCAAGAGGCGUCGGUCGCACAAAUCAAGCAGACCGGCAGCGUCUAUCAUGUCGAAUCGUACAGCCCGAAGCACUCCCCAAAGACCUUUCCGCCAGGCUGCAAAUCGCCUCCCGCAUAACAGGGACCGCCGCUUACUGGACGAAGCUAGCGACAUGCUCAGGUUGCCUCCUGGUCUUGCCGAAAUCGCGGAGCAAAAGGAAGGCAGUAGAGCAGCCGAAAAGACCAGGGCAAAAGAGAUGGAGCGCGAGGAAAAAUGGCGAAAGAUGGCCAAGGUGGUGCAGGCAGGAGCGAAGAGCGGCGGCAUGAUGUUCGAAUUCGAUGUUAAGGACCCCAAAGUGAUAUCCCGGACAUGGAAGGGCAUCCCGGAUCGCUGGAGGGCUACCGCGUGGUAUGCUUUCCUCGCGGCGAGCGCAAAAGCAGACAAGAACAGCCCAACAGAUGAGGAACUGGUCACGAGUUUCUACGAGCUACAGGACGAGAAUUCGGCGGACGACAUGCAGAUCGAUGUCGACGUGCCAAGGACCAUCAAUCGACACAUCAUGUUUCGCAGAAGAUAUCGUGGAGGACAACGGCUGCUCUUUCGAGUUCUGCAUGCCAUGUCACUGUAUCUACCCGACACCGGGUAUGUGCAGGGCAUGGCCGCCCUAGCAGCAACGCUUCUAUGCUAUUUCGAAGAGGACCGGGCGUUCGUCAUGUUAGUCCGACUUUGGAUGUUUCGGGGCUUAGAGCGACUCUACGAAUCUGGCUUUGCGGGUCUCAUGGAAGCCCUGGAAGAUUUCGAGAAGAACUGGCUUCGCAAUGGAGACGUAGCGAAGCAGCUGGAUGAAAUGGGUAUCACCUCGACUGCUUACGGAACGCGAUGGUAUCUGACCCUCUUCAAUUACUCUUUGCCCUUUUCAGCACAGCUCCGUGUGUGGGAUGUGUUUAUGCUUUUGGGCGAUGCUUCCUACUCGAAUGAUAAGUCGUCAAGCUUCAGUGGGGACCUGGACAUGCUGCAUGCAACCUCGGCUGCGCUUAUCGAUGCAACCAGGGAGAUCCUGCUUGAUUCAGACUUCGAAAAUGCCAUGAAGGUCCUGACUUCGUGGGUGCCCAUCAAGGACGACGACCUCCUGAUGAAGGUGGCGAAGGCGGAAUACAAGUUGCGAAAGAAGCGAGCCAAGGCAGGGUGAGGCCCUGUUACGAUUCGAUCUCUGCAAGCGAGUCGUUGCUAGCCGCCAGCCACAGUUGGCGAUUCGGCACCACGGAACGUUCGAUCUCUUUGCCAUGCUUUUUUGAGAAAGCGUUCCCGAUAUUGGGUGUCGAUCCCUGAGAUCAGUGGCUUACUGGUGUCGCGUGCAUCUAGCGUGGCUGUCACGUUGUCUCGGAUCCGGACUCUAUCGACUUACGUUGAGGGCAAUUCUUACCGGACAGCAAUUCUAGGCUUUGGGACUAUCGUGAGGGUCGAACAAGCGACCCACACCCUUUCGCCCACCUCUCCCACGUUUCUGCACUGGACACGGAGACAGGCCGAUUAAGGCUUACUGCCUCGAUGCCCCUGGCGAUAGGGCUGAAUCUCUUUUUUUUUUUCUGAUGUGACGGCAUUGCGGUACACGAUCAUUUCUUUGUUAUGGGCGCAUUUACGGACAUGGCUGUUAACAAGAUACCUUU